AUGGAUCAGGAGGACAUUCAAAUUAUUAGGAGUAUGCCUAUCAGCAAAUCUUUAAAACCUGAUCACUUGGUGUGGCAUACAAAAUCUGGUCGUUAUUCGGUUAAGUCAGGUUAUAAGGUAGCUCAAGAUAUGAAGGCGGAAGUGAUAGUUGGUCCUAACUGUAAUGUCCUGAUGGCUCAGGCUUGGUACCUUCCGGUACCACCAAAAAUUAAACAUUUUUUCUGGCAGAUCGUUUCUGCCUCUCUUCCGGUGAUGGUGCGAUUAGCUUCUCGGGGUGUACAUUGUGAUACGGUAUGCAAGCGUUGUGAGAUAGCAGAAGAAUCUAUUAAUCAUACCUUCUUUGAGUGCCCUCGUUCCACUCAGGUGUGGGAGAGGGUUUUUGAUGGAUUACACAGGGAUAAGUUCCCCUUGGGUUCGAUUUAUUCUAAUCAAGAUUUUAUAUAUGGGAAAGGGUUAGGCCCUAUGGCUCUAGGAGUAACACAUAGUCCAUUACCGUGGCUAGUUUGGUUCAUAUGGAAGGAUAGGAAUAACAAAGUUUUCCAAGGGUUACAAUCAGAGCCAAUAGAUAUUAUUAAUCAGGCUUUACGAGAGCAAUUGUGGUGGGAGGAAGCCCAAAUGGCCGCAAGGAGUGUGUCUAGUGUGUCGGAACCUGUGAAAAUUCCGGAGACGACAGUUCGGUGUCAAGUCGAUGGUUCGUGGAAAUCUACAGAACAAAACUCUGGUCUAGGAUGGUGGUGUGGUGAUGGGGAGAAUCAAACAUUCUUUUUGGGUGCCAGAUAUCAGCAUCGUAGUGUGUCCCCACUUCAUUCGGAGAUGGAAGCAUUAUUAUGGGCAAUGGAGUGUAUUCUUUCCAGAGGUAUUGUUUGUCAAAGAUUCGAGACGGACUCUGCAGAGUUAAUUUCAAUGGUGCAAGAUCCAGAGGAGUGGCCGGCUUUCUCAGCGCUGCUUGACGAGUUCCAGGUGCUUAGUGCUUCAUUUCCUCAUUUCACCCUUUCCAAGAUCCCAAGGACGGUAAAUGUGAAGGCUGAUUGUUUAGCUCAUUCUUCUCGAACUAACAAAGAAAGAAUCGAAGACUUGGAAGCUAAUGUCACGGAACUGCGAGAGGAUAUUCAGAAGCUCAACAAGGACAUGAACAACAGAUUCCAGAUAUUAGAAGAUUCAUUAAACCGCUUAGCAGAUACACUUACCACGGGACGAGAAGGGGACAACAGUGCUACACGAUCAACUCUACGAACCAGGGACAAGCAGCAGCUGUUAGCCCAAGGAGACAACGUCAAUCAGAACGCUCCAGCGCGAACAGUGAAGCUUGAUUUCCCUCGCUUCAAAGGAGGAGAUCCGAAUGCGUGGUUGAGCAAGACCAAAUAA